AUGAAUUAUCCAGAUUUAAAAUUUUUUCAAUUUGCACCAACAUAUCGCGAAGAAGCACGGGCAUUAUUAGCACUCAUGGAUCGAUAUGACUGGAGUACAUUUUCAUUAAUUAUUGAUCCAAACUUACCUGGUGAAGAGGAACUAAUUUCCGAAAUUGAACAAAUUUCUAAUAAUCAACAAAAUUGGUACGUCGUUCUUUUUCAAAUCGUAGGUAUACGUUAUACACCAUUACAUAUGCACACAACAUAUUAUUUUAAUAAAAAUUUUAGUAGAAUAGCAUCAUGUAAUCGUGUGCUAAGAAAAGGGCAAAAAGGAUUUUCAGUUUUAUCUGUAAUUUCAAUAGUAAAUACAAAUCAAACUCAUAUAAAAAGACAAUUAACAGCAAAACUAAAUCCUGAAACUCGUGUCAUUGUUAUUCACACUACAUCAACUGUUGCAGCACUAAUAUUGAAAGUUGCAAAAGAGCUAUCAUUAACUGGUGAAGAAUACAUGUGGAUAAUGACAUCGAUCGUACUUUCUACGUAUACAAGUGAAGAUAAUCAUAAAUUAUCGCCGUACGAAAGUCCUAAUACGAGAAGAAUGGAAUUUAUACCGGGGAUGCUAGCUUUAUAUAAUGGAAUGACUCGAGAUGCCGUGUUAGCACGCUUCGAUCGACAUGUAGCUCCAUUGAUUGUCAAUGUAUUUUCUAAACUUACAAAUCAUCCGAUUAUCCAACAAUGGAAGAAUAAUGAAUCAGCGCGUUACGAAUCAGAUUCAUUGUUGAUUGAUGAAUUUAAACGUUCAUCAAGUAUAUUUCAGAAAGAUGGUUUAUCUCUAGCUGGAAAUUAUUCAUUGUACAAUUUUCAAAUGCCAAAAAAAGAAUGGAAAAGGGUUGGAGAAUAUAUAAAUGGCUCAUUAUCAAUGGCCGACCUUCAGUGGCCGGGUAAUCGUUCAAAACCGCCGCCGGGUAAACCGAUAAUUUAUUAUUUGAAAGCGGUCACUUUAGAAGAGCCGCCGUUUGUUAUGAUGAAAGAUCCAUCUAUAGAUGGAAAAUGCAUGCCUGGAUCUGUUAUUUGUCGAGUAGGACCAGAAAGCGUGUAA